CGCAGGCGUAGCGUGUACGCGAGCAGCUGCGGGAAGCCGAGGCUGUUCGCGGGUUUCCGCGUAGGUCUGGACCGCGGAGCCGGAUCUCUGCGACGCGGGCGUGAUGUCAGACAACGAGGACAAUUUUGAUGGCGACGACUUUGAUGACGUGGAGGAGGAUGAAGGACUAGAUGACUUGGAGAACGCUGAGGAGGAGGGCCAGGAGAAUGUCGAGAUCCUCCCCUCCGGAGAGCGACCGCAGGCCAACCAGAAGCGCAUCACCACGCCGUACAUGACCAAGUACGAGCGAGCCCGUGUGCUGGGCACCCGCGCCCUGCAGAUCGCGAUGUGCGCCCCUGUGAUGGUGGAGCUGGAGGGGGAGACGGAUCCCUUGCUCAUCGCCAUGAAAGAGCUCAAGGCCCGAAAGAUCCCCAUCAUCAUUCGGCGCUACCUGCCAGAUGGGAGCUAUGAAGACUGGGGGGUAGACGAGCUCAUCAUCACCGACUGAGCUGGAAUCAGCUCCCCAACUGUGCCUCGUCCCCAGCUUCUAGUCUCACGUUCUUUAUACAUGUAAAUAAUAAACUAUUCGACCUUUCC